UCACCUAAUUCACUGCACACACUCACACACACACUCACACAGCACAGGGAGAGAGAGACAGCCCUGGCUCACCAAUGCUGGUCUGCUAGCUGAGAUUGGAGCAGCCAUUUCUGAUACCCAGAAGACAAAAGAAAAAGAGAGACACAGUGGGACGACAAACACAACGUUUAUACAAUGCAUUACAGGAGCACGACAUCCUGCAUUUACUCCUUGUUCCUGCUGAUGAUAACGGUGGGGCUGCCCUUCAUGAAGCUCGUCUUAGCGGAGGAACUGCAUGGGACCACAAUACCGCCAGAAAGUCGGCCUUGUGUGGACUGUCAUGCCUUUGAAUUCAUGCAGAGAGCGCUGCAGGACCUUAAAAAGACAGCAUACAACUUAGACUCACGGACAGAGACGCUUCUUCUAAAAGUGGAGCGGAGGACUCUAUGUGACUGCAUAUCUGUGGAGGGACUAAGCUGAAGAUGAACAAUCAGCCUCAAGGACGUCCAUCUUAACCCUUCUGCUGCUGGACAGGGCUCUGCAACACAUUGCUCCGCAGUGUGGGCCAGUUCCCUCUGGCAGCGUAAGUGUUAAAUGCAGCUUAUAUCAUGAAUUAAAAAAUACACAUGACAAAUCCAUCCUAACACUGAACUGUGCAUGUGUGCGAGGAGGAAUUUGCGUGGAGAAAUUCUUAAUAAAACUCAUAGGAUUUUUUUUA